AAGAUGCGAAGAAUUAAAGAGAGUAGAAGGUGUCUUAUUGCUAGAAACUCCUUGCACCAAUCUAGAAAUCUUAAAGGUGUUCUUUGCUAGAGCUAGGGUUACAAGAAUAUCAUCAGAUUUCUCGCAAACGCCCUUGGGUCUUUUGAUCUGCGAGUAUGACGGACCCCAACGAAGAUGGUGUCGGGGUUUGAAUUUGGGGAGAAGAUUAAAAAGGCCCUUUCGCUGUGUUUGAAAUUGCAGCCUGGAAGUGAGGAUGUUGCAUUGUAUGAGGCUGUGAUAUUUGGCCAUGUUAAAAUUGUGCGUUAUCUUCUCAGGGAACUUGGAUGCAAUGUUGCGAGUUAAAAUAAAGGGCUUGUUUAUCUUCAUACUGUUGUUUUAUAUGGACAUAUUCAGAUGGUUCGUCAUUUACUCGCCGAGGGGGCAGAAGCACAUGUCCGAACGGAUGAACGGCAAUCGACUUGUCAUCAUUUAUUGAUGAUGAGACCAAGAGACGAAGAAACAUUACGCAAAACACCAGAAUUAUUGUCCAGUUGCAAGCCGUCGAUUAAAUUUGAUGCCGAAGAAAUGACAGGUUCUCUUAUGGCACUCCACAUGGCAGUCAGGAAUAGAAAUUUUUACGGUGUGAAAUGGCUCUUGGAAAUGGGUGCAGACAAGAAGAUCCCAGUGACUGAUCAACUAAAGCUUCUAUCUAGCGGUGUUAGAGUUUAUCUUCGUCAAGUGAAAUAUCACCCUCGACUAUUCACAAAUCAACUUACAAUUUUGGGAGAAGCGGUUACUCAAUAUAUUCAAGAUGGCUGUUAUAAACCUCAAUACACUGCUGCCCUCCUUGAUGCGUUCCUUAGGAAAGACGAUGGAAUACCCUCGUUGGAAGAUACACCAAUUGACGGGGGCUCCAAUAUCAGUAUUCUUCAGCUUUUAUCCAUCAUAUCUUUUCCUACUCCCGAUAGAAGUGUUUGCGCGUGGAAUAUAUCUAAUACAGACGAUAGCAAUCAUGAAGAUAUCCCCGUAGUUUCCAACUUCGAAUGCUUAUCACUUCUACAAAAAGUAUUCAAUCACACACCGGUAUCUCUAACCAACACUCGUGAUUUGCACGGCAAUACACCUCUCCAUUACGUAUGUGCUGUAUGUGAAAUCCACGCUAUAGAGGCCCUUCUAUCUGCAGGUGCAGAUCCUCAUGUCCAAAACAAUUUUGGUCUUCGUCCCAUUGAGGUUUUAUGCUGGACUGGAAUUUUCUGCGGAGGUCAAAGUUUUCGGGUUAAAUUUAAAACCGAGCGCAACGAGAGCUAUCAUCGCCUAGGUAGAGGGAAAUGAUAGAAAAUCAAAUGAAAGAAGGAACUAUUUUUGAGGGGUAUAUAUUAGGGACGAGGAGGGCAUUUGGCGUCUUUGAAGACAGUGGGUGUGUUGUAGAUGCGAGGUUGGAGAGGUUAGCUCUAGCGUGGGGAGUUCUGAAAGAGGGAUAUGCAUAGGAGGAGAGAGGGCUGGGGGUGAAAAGGAUGAAUGAUUUGAAGGAGGAAACGGGGAUGAGAAGGAUAGAAAGCGCGACAAAAAUGACAAUGUUGACGAGGAAGGAUUAGUCGGCAAAUACAUAUGUAAGAUAUUCUUGGAGUCAUCUCGCUAUUGAAACUUUACGAUCAGGACUUGGUCCUUGGGUUAACUCAAGAUUUUCACUUGAAGAACUCGAAGGGGGCUUCAAAUUCA